AUGCCCACCACCUCGAAGUACGCCGGCUCCGCGACCAUGACCCAGGCCGCCCCCACCAGCGUGCUGAACAUCGUCAGCGGCAAGCCGGUGGCUGCCGGCGAGGUCGCCAGCAGCGCACAUACCACCAGCUCCGUUGGCCCCGCCAGGGGCUACGCCAAGGCGGCCGGCGCGGUUAUGCCCACCAGUGCUACAGGUGCCGACGGCAAAGCGAUUGAUGUUCCAAAGAUCGGGCCACCUGCCGUGGCCGUUGGGCGCGCUAUGGCUGAGGGACGCCCCGCAGUGUCUAUGGCUGGUGGCAAGUUGGUCACCACCAUCAGCAAGAAGUUCCAGAUCGUGUUCGUGACCAGCGAAGUGGCACCCUUCUCGAAGACUGGAGGCCUGGGUGAGGCCAUGGACGGCCUGCCCAUUGCUCUUGCGGCCCUGGGCCACCGCUGCAUGGUCAUUUCUCCUCGCUACGACCAGUACAAGGAGGCCUGGGACACGGGCUACUGGGGCUCCGUGCCCAUGGGCGGCAAGAACGAGUCCGUGCACUUCUUCCACACCUACAAGCAGAAGGUCGACUACGUCUUCGUCGAUCACCCCACCUUCCUGGAGCGCGUCAACGGACUGACAGGUGCCAAGCUCUACGGCCCGGAGUGGGGUCAGGACUUCGCAGACAAUCAGGCUCGCUUCGCCUACUUCUGCAAGGCCGCCUUGAAGGCCAUUCAGGAGCUGCCCCUGGGUGGGGCCGUGUACGGCGGCGACUGCAUGGUCGUUUGCAACGACUGGCACUCGGCCCUUGUGCCCAUGCUCAUCCACGCUGAGAAGCCCACAGGCAAGUGGACCAACACGAAGUCCGCUUUCCUCUGCCACAAUGCCGUCUUCCAGGGCCGCUUCGUGCGCGAGGAAGGCCUCGCCAGCGUCUUCGGCGUGCCCGAGCGCUACAUCGACAGCAUCACCUUCAAGAUGCCUUUGCGCAUCGGCAAGUACAACGAGAAGAUGACCUGCAUCAACACCAUGGCUGCGGGUCUGCGCUAUGCCGAUCGCGCUCUGACCGUGUCUCCCAGCUAUGCCGUGGAGUGCUGCACGGAUCCGGAGAAGGGCGUUGAGUUGGAAGACCUCUUCAGCCUGGGCAAGUGCACAGGAAUCCUGAACGGCGUGAAGGAGGGCGUGACCCCCAGUGACAAGAACUUCGUCACGAAGACCAUGAUGAGCUGCGGAAUCUUCACCGCUGCCACCGCCCCGGAGGCAAAGGCAGAGCUCAAGGCCACUUACCGCGCACAGAACAACCUGCCGGCGUCCACUGGCCCUCUGAUGUGCUUCAUCGGGAGGCUGGAUGCCCAGAAGGGCUACGACCUCCUCUUGGAGGCUCUGGUGGAGAUUCUUGAGGACACCGAGCUCCAGGUCGUCAUCGUCGGCUCCGGCCGUGCCGACCUCGUGGCCCAGACCAAGGCCGUCGAGAAGAAGUUCCCCAGCAAGUUCUUCUACGCAGGCUGGAUGGGCCCGGAGCGCUAUGCCUUGCUGGCUGGCUGUGACUACACCCUCCUUCCGUCCAGGUGGGAGCCUUGCGGCCUGGUGCAGAUGGAGGCCAUGCGCAUGGGAACGCUGCCCAUCGUCGCCCCCACCGGCGGACUGAAGGACACCGUGGAGGAUGGCUUGAAUGGCCUCUGGACCGACAAGGAGAUGUCCGUGGAGGCCGUCAUCGAUGAGGAGUCCGUGCAGUCCAUCGCGAAGGCCUUGAAGCGCGCCUCGAAGCUCUUCAUCGAGGAGCCCGAGAAGGUGAAGGCCAUGACCCGGGCAGCCAUGGCCGCCUCGGCCGAGUUCACCUGGAGCAACGCCGCCCUGCAGUACGAGGCCGUCUUCGAGGAGCUUGGAGUCAAGGACAUGCUGAAGGGCCGCACUGCCACCGUCACGCUGGAGACGGACAAGCAGGAGAAAGUGAAGGCCGCUGGCGCGGCACCCACGGCAGCCACGGCGGCCUCCGCACCCCCCCAGGUGCCAAAGUCCAAGGCCGCAGCGCUGGUGACCGGUGCAUCGGCUCCCAAGGCCUCCGGCAGCGGCCCGACCACCACCAGCCCGGCCUCCGCCGGAGUCUCCGCCGCUGCCCCCAAGUCCAAGGCGGUGUCCCCGAUUUCGGCCGCCGCCGUCAUGGAGGAAGGCAAGAAGCCCGCGACGGCUGCCGAGCGCUUCGCUGCAACCGGCUCGGUCCUGGCCAGAGGAAUGGGAGCCAAGGCGGAGGCGCCCAAGGCCAAGGCGAAGCCGGCCGCGGCCAUGCCCACCACCUCGAAGUACGCCGGCUCCGCGACCAUGACCCAGGCCGCCCCCACCAGCGUGCUGAACAUCGUCAGCGGUAAGCCGGUGGCUGCGGGCGAGGUCGCCAGCAGCGCGCAUACCACGAGCUCCGUUGGCCCUGCCCGGGGCUACGCCAAGGCGGCCGGCGCCGUUCUGCCCAGCAGCGCCCCAAAGAUCGGGCCACCUGCCGUGGCCGUUGGACGCGCUAUGGCUGAGGGACGCCCUGCGGUGUCUAUGGCUGGCGGCAAGUUGGUCACAACCAUCAGCAAGAAGUUCCAGAUCGUGUUCGUGACCAGCGAAGUGGCACCCUUCUCGAAGACUGGAGGCCUGGGUGAGGCCAUGGACGGCCUGCCCAUUGCGCUCGCGGCCCUGGGCCACCGAUGCAUGGUCAUCUCUCCUCGCUACGACCAGUACAAGGAGGCUUGGGACACGGGCUACUGGGGCUCCGUGCCCAUGGGCGGCAAGAACGAGUCCGUGCACUUCUUCCACACCUACAAGCAGAAGGUCGAUUACGUCUUCGUCGAUCACCCCACCUUCCUGGAGCGUGUCAACGGACUGACAGGUGCCAAGCUCUACGGCCCGGAGUGGGGACAGGACUUCGCAGACAACCAGGCUCGCUUUGCCUACUUCUGCAAGGCCGCGUUGAAGGCGAUUCAGGAACUGCCCCUGGGCGGCGCUGUGUAUGGAGGUGACUGCAUGGUGGUCUGCAACGACUGGCACUCGGCCCUGGUGCCCAUGCUCAUCCACGCCGAGAAGCCCACAGGCAAAUGGACGAACACGAAGUCCGCUUUCCUCUGCCACAACGCCGUCUUCCAGGGCCGAUUCGUGCGUGAGGAAGGCCUCGCCAGCGUCUUCGGCGUGCCAGAGCGCUACAUCGACAGCAUCACCUUCAAGAUGCCCCUGCGCAUUGGCAAGUACAACGAAAAGAUGUCCUGCAUCAACACCAUGGCUGCGGGUCUGCGCUAUGCCGAUCGGGCCCUGACCGUGUCUCCCAGCUACGCGGUGGAGUGCUGCACGGAUCCGGAGAAGGGCGUGGAGUUGGAGGACCUCUUCAGCUUGGGCAAGUGCACAGGAAUCCUGAACGGCGUGAAGGAGGGCGUGACCCCCAGCGACAAGAACUUCGUCACGAAGACCAUGAUGAGCUGCGGAGUCUUCACCGCGGCCACCGCCCCGGAGGCUAAGGCGGAGCUGAAGGCCAGCUACCGCGCGCAGAACAACCUCCCGGCGUCCACCGGCCCCCUGAUGUGCUUCAUCGGAAGGCUGGAUGCCCAGAAGGGCUACGACCUCCUCUUGGAGGCUCUGGUGGAGAUUCUCGAGGACACCGAGCUCCAGGUCGUCAUCGUCGGCUCCGGCCGCGCCGACCUCGUGGCUCAGACAAAGGCCGUCGAGAAGAAGUACCCCACCAAGUUCUUCUAUGGAGGCUGGAUGGGCCCUGAGCGCUACGCCUUGCUGGCGGGCUGCGACUACACGCUCCUUCCGUCCAGGUGGGAGCCUUGCGGCCUGGUGCAGAUGGAGGCCAUGCGCAUGGGCACUUUGCCCAUCGUCGCCCCGACCGGUGGCCUCAAGGACACCGUGGAGGAUGGCUUGAACGGCCUCUGGACCGACAAGGAGAUGUCCGUGGAGGCGGUCAUCGACGAGGAGUCCGUGCAGUCCAUCGCCAAGGCCCUGAAGCGCGCCUCGAAGCUCUUCAUCGAGGAGCCCGAGAAGGUGAAGGCCAUGACCCGGGCGGCGAUGGCGGCCUCGGCGGAGUUCACCUGGAGCAACGCCGCGCUGCAGUACGAGGCUGUCUUCGAGGAGCUCGGGGUGAAGGACACUCUGAAGGGUGGCACUGCCGUUGUCACACUGGAGACGGACAAGCAGGUGUGCUAA